AUGGGGGCCGGACAGUCUUUGCACCAAUUGCGGAGUCGCGAAGCCCCCGCUGCUGGGCUAUCCCGAAUCAGAGGGACGCAAGCAGACGCAAGGACAUCGCACAGCCAGACAACCAUUCUCAGUGAUGUCGCCCAGCAACCACAGAACAUCGUCCGGUAUACAAGCCGCCUGAUGCGCGAUUUCAUUGGGAAUGCGUACUCUUUUGAUUUUUGUGUUCUGCGGCGAGAAGAUGCGGGCAAAGUCUGCAGAGUGACUUGUAAGCGCAGCGGACGCAAGGCGGAAGCUCUAGUAGUGCGGAAACACCUCGAAGACCCUCUGCAAUUGGAAACAUUGAAGAAGGAGAUAGAGGUUUGGCUUUCGUUGGACCAUCCGUAUAUUGCAAGAUUGCUCGAGGUGUUUGAGGACGAUAGAGCAGUUUACUUGGUGUCCGAGUACUGUCCAGGCGGCUCAUUGUAUGAUUUUCUGGCAUCAUUGCAGAAGUGCCCAGAGGAGGUGGCAAGGACUUGGACCCUACAAAUGGUAAGAGCUGUCGGGUUCCUUCAAGGCUGUGGGGUAGUUCAUCGUAACCUAAGACUCGAGAGCUGGCAGCUGACAAAGCAAGGCUGCUUCCCUCCUCUGAAGCUUUAUGGCUUGAGCCAUUCCACUCGGUGGCACAAGAGGGAAGGUCGUCUCAAUGCUGCUUGUGGCUUACUUGAAUACACGAGCCCAGAUGUUCUCCUUGGGCGUUACACCGACGCCUGCGACAUGUGGUCUUUAGGGGUUAUUGUGUACCAGCUACUGUGCGGGCGCCCUCCAUUUGUGGGUACGCAACAGGAAAAGAUUCGUCAGAUCCUCGCCGGGGAUGUUAACAUGCUCCACCUAGAGAAGGCAGGCGUGUCUGAAGAGGCCAAGUCCUUUGUCGCGCAGCUGCUUACAAUCAGUCCGCAACUUCGCUGGUUUGCAAAUAGUACCACACUACGACGCGCGGCGGUCCUCAUGUGUGCAUACUGCCUUAACUCUGACCAGUGCGAACGGGUUGGCUCCUUGUUCGCUGAUGCAUCGCAUUCCAGUGUUGGACGCCUGACGGUGGAAGACCUUAAAAGGACACUGCAGAGGGAACAGCCGGAGCCCCUUACCAACGAAGAGGUGGAAGAUGUCUUUGAUGCACUUGACAUCAACAAAGAUGGAGAAAUAAUAUUUACUGUGUUUGCUGCUGCAAUGGUCGGCACCGUAGUGGAGGCAGAGGAUUCAUUAUUACAGAAGGCAUUUAGUAAACUGGACGUCGAUUGCGACGGACGACUUUCUCUCGAUGACCUCCGGUGGGCAUUCGGUGGCACACUGUUUGGGCAGAGUCUGUCUGCAGCUCUGCAACACGAAGAAAAUGAAGAUGGGCCUUUGGAUUAUGACCAUUUCUGCACAAUGGUUCGAGACAAAGGAAAACCAAUAAGUCGUCGGGUAUAUAAGGCACGCCUUGCCGUCGAAAGGUCUCCUAGUGAGGAACACUCCGAUGGCCGCCCUGUGAACCAUCAGUGUACAUUCAUGUACACGAAUAGUCCAGAACGGCCACAUACGGCAGCUGAACCGGAUGGCACAGGCGUGCAAAGAGAGAAGAAUGAGCAUCAGCCCGACUCAGCGGAGACUUAG